GAAACCACACACCAGCAGAAAAACGUCUCAUCUUUCUCCACAUUUCCCCACUCCCAACACUUUGCUCGAGGCUUCUGCUGGCAGAGGAGCAGCGGAUGAGAUGGGGACAGCCACAGAGGGCCCCGUGACAGCUGCUGCAGGCUUGCCCAGUCUGUUCCCAGCCAUGGGAGGCUCUGCAAACACGAGCUCUGUGGGUAACACCAGUGGAGCUCCCUCCUCUGCACCGUGCCAGCGUGACACCACCGUCACCCACCUGCUCUUCCCCGUGCUCUACACCCUCAUCUUCCUCCUGGGGCUCCUGCUGAACAGCCUGGCCUGCUGGGCCUUCUUCCACAUCCCAAGCACAUCAACCUUCAUCAUCUACUUGAAAAACAUCUUGGUUUCUGAUUUCAUCAUGACGCUGAUGCUGCCCCUGAAGAUCCUGACGGACUCCGGCCUGGCGCCGUGGCAGCUCAAGGCCUUUGUCUGCCGCUUCUCAGCCGUGAUAUUCUAUGACACCAUGUACAUCAGCAUCGUGCUGCUGGGGCUCAUUGCUUUCGACAGAUUUCUCAAGAUUGUGAGACCUUUUGGGAAGUUCUGGGUGCAAAACCUGACCUCAGCAAAGAUCCUGGCGUCUCUGGUCUGGCUCUUCUUCCUCGUCCUGUCCCUGCCCAACAUGGUCCUGUCCAACAAGGCAGCAACGCCGCAGUCCGUGAGGAAGUGUGCCUCCUUGAAGAGCCACCUCGGGCUGAAAUGGCACGAGGCUGUCAACUACGUCUGUCAGUUCAUCUUCUGGACUGUCCUCAUCCUCAUGCUGCUAUUUUAUGUAGUCAUUGCCAGAAAGGUAUAUGAGUCCUAUGUAAAAACACAGAAGAAAGGCAACAGAAGCGAAAAGCGGAUCAAGGGGAAAGUAUUCAUCAUUUUUACCGUGUUCUUCGUGUGCUUUGCCCCCUUCCACUUCAGCAGGGUGCCCUACACCGUGAGCCAGACGAGGGCCCACAUGGAGUGCCGGCUGCAGAACCGGCUGUUCGUGGCCAAGGAGAGCACGCUGUGGCUGGCAGCCACCAACGUCUGCAUGGACCCCCUCAUCUACCUGCUCCUCUGCAAGCCCUUCCUGCACAAGGUCUUCUACAGGAGGGUGAGGGCUCUGCAGGGAGCAGCCCAGGCAAACCCAAAAACAGAGCUGGACACACGAGUAUCUCCCACUGAGUCCUGAUUCUGCAGCUGCACACUCUGCUCUGCAUCCGCAUAGAGAACUUGAAAAACAGUUUGGUUUACUUCUGCUGAAGAGCACAAAAGGGUGUUUGCCAAGCAAUACUAACACUCAAUAAAUGCAGCAAAA